AUGAUUGUGGUUCAGGAUAAUGACCAUAUUGAUGGAUGCUACAACACCCCACCUAUUAAUCAUGAUGAACAAUAUAAUGAGCUUUUUGAUAACCUUAUGGAAAAUUUACUUGGAAGUGAUGAGGAUGUUGAAGAGUAUGAAGGGGAUGAUGAAUUUGAAGAUAGUGAUGAAGAGUAUGAAAAGGAUGAAGGUGAUGACCAGGAUGGGAAACAAUCAGAAAAUGAAGAUAAAUUGGAUGACAUAAUGGAUGAGGAGAACAAUAUAGAAGAUGUUGAUGAGGACAUGGCAGACUUCUGUCUAAAUGUUGAAAGCGAUGUUGAAGGAGCAUGUAUUAAUGAUGGUCAUGAACCUGAAGAUAUGGAAGUGAUCAACAAUGACGAGUUCAAAUCAUUGGAUGAAGGAUCAGACCAAGACAGAGAAAGAAGAGCUCUUAUAAAAAAUUUGGGAAAAGAAAAAAGGCUUAGGGCACAUUGCAGAGGAGUUGUACCUAUCAUCAAUAAAGGUCAAGUGGGGACUCAACCUACCACUUCAAAAAGCAAGAGCAAAGAAGUAAAGACACAAAAAGAAACAUGUGGUUGGUAUAUACAUGCAUCUAGGUCAAACCCCGAAUCUGACUGGUUUAUAAGGACCUUAAACCAAACUCAUACAUGCUUACAAACAAGAAAACUCAGAGCUUGUACUGCUUCUUUAAUCUGCAAGAAAAUCAUAGAUCAAGUUGAGGUAGAUCCGAAGAUUCCUUUGAGAGCCAUACAAGAUCACUUUAAAAAGACCUACCAGGUGGGUGUUUCGAUGGAUAAGGUGUUUAGGGCAGAAGAUAUAGCAAGAAAGCAUGUAACUGAGGACUACACAAAACAGUUUGAAUUGUUGAGGGAAUAUGCUCUUGAACUUCAAGCUACAAACCUAGACACAACAGUCAAAAUAGAUGUGUGUCCUAAUGGCAACCCUGCAUCCCCAACAAGGCAAUUUAGAAGGAUUUAUGUAUGCUUGGGUCCACUGAUAAAAGGUUUCAAGGCAUGUCUUAGAGACUUAGUAGGUUUGGAUGGUGCCUUCAUGAAAGGCCCAUUCCCUGGUCAGGUUCUUACAUCAGUUGGUCUAGAUUCUAACAAUGGAAUUUAUACCUUGGCCUAUGCAAUUGUUGAGUCUGAAAACACAGCUAGCUGGAAGUGGUUUUUAGAAAACCUUGGGGAUGACUUGGAGCUUGGGAGCAACUCAAACUAUACUUUCAUAAGUGACAAGCAAAAGGAAAUUAUAUUUGUUCAUCCUUACUUGAAAUUUAUACUCAUGAAUACGACUGAUAAAGCUAAUCUCAUGCUUUGUGCCAAAUCCAUGGAGUGUAUUAGUUUGGUUGGAAUGGUUAUUGGAAAAUAUAAGUUCAAAGAUGAUGCUAAACAACUCAUUGAGACCAUCACAGCUGCAAAUAAGAGAAUAUGGAUCAAAAGUAGUGUCCUUAAGGAGAAAGCUACAACAUACAACAUGCUAUGUUGCUAUGCUGAUGAACUAAAUGAAGGGUUGCGAAGAGUUGUUUCUGAUGUGUUGAUUUCAAACAUGUGUGACGUGUUUAAUGGGGAGAUAGAGAAAGGCAGGGACAAACCUGCAAUGAAGAAGGCUAAAGGUCCACUAACACCUACAGCAACAAACAUCCUAGAUGCAAGAAAAAAAGGUGCUUCACAAUAUAUUGUUAGGUGGAAUGGGGCAAACAAGUAUCAAGUCACUAGAGCAUUGCAAGAUCAACAUGUGGUGGAUGUUAGGAACCAAACCUGCACUUGCAGAAAGUGGGAAUUAAUGGGAAUACCUUGCAGGCAUGCAAUUGCAACUCUGAAUGAAAUAAGCAAAGACCCUGAGGCUGAGCUUGACAUUUACAAGUGGGUACACAAGGUGUAUUGA